CGGAAUCGCGACGAUUAAAUCUCGAUUCGCCGUGAAUCGCGAGGACGUCGAGGGAGCCAUGGCCGCCCGUGCCGCGUGUCGUUUCCCGGUGUCCCUGAGGCUCCGCGUCUCCCUGUGCCUCUUCCUCUGCGUGAGCGCCGCGGCGGACAAGUGUGAGCGCCUUCUCCUGGGACAAUACAUCUGCUCAAGCCCCAUCAUUAACGACACCACCCAGGAGCCGGUCGGGUGCAACAACGGAACGGCGCCAGUGCCAUGCUACCCAGCACCGAACGUGACGUGCAUGGAUGCACAGGGUAAGGAGAAUACCUUCGAUGGAGAGCGAGUCGGCUUCACGCAGCUUGUGCCCUGCCGUGACACGAACGGCUACCACUACACAGUCGCAGUGGCGUUCUCACUUUUCCUGGGCUGGCUUGGAGCUGACCGCUUCUACCUGGGCUACCCUGCUCUGGGUCUGCUCAAGUUUUGCACGGUCGGCUUCUGUGGAAUCGGCAGCCUCAUAGACUUUGUCCUCAUUGCCAUGCAGAUCGUUGGACCCUCGGACGGUUCGAGUUACAUCAUCGAUUACUACGGGGCACGCCUGGCUCGGCUGCCGGUCACCAACCAGACUUAUCGAAGCCCUCACACAGAGUUGUGAACCGGUGCCCUCACUGCGGAGGUGGAACAGUGGCAGCAAGCGUCGCCCCACAGUGUGUCCAGGACUACAGUGCACGUAGCUUGGGGAUCAUGUCUGCUGUAAAACCUAGUACAACUGACACCUCUUAACAGUUCACAACGAGGUCGUGGUACCCUUUGCAAUGGCAAGGAUCCCGGAAGCCUGCUCCCACGGCAUUAUGGUGGCACGUCAAAAACAAGUCUCCGAGUGGCGUCGCUAACUAUUGUAUUGAUUUCGUCUACAAGAUGAGCAUCAAACUUGUUAUUCUGGACCUAGAUUCCAAAACAUCCUCAUGUUUGGGGUGGUGUGGAAGUUACAUAUACAGUUUAUUGCCGGUUAGCAAGUUGUGCAUUGUGGAGCUGAUAGUUCAUUAACUUCGUUUAAGUUAAUUUGCUCAGAAUGCAACUGAAGUCAUUUAAGGAGCAGAGGUAAUGGAGCUGGCCGGGUGGCAAUGGGCUCACAGCACGGAGUGACAGGCACCCGAGGUCCUGGGUUCGCGUCCAGGCAGCCGCAGCCCACGAUGAAACCGGGUGGUUUGAGCAGAGUGAGUCGAUGGUCUCAGCCCAGGCACCAUCAUUAAAUUUGAUUUCUCAUUUAAUUUGACAAAUUUAUAGGGGUAUUACUAUAAAUUAAACUGGUUUGCAUGCAAUUAGAGGUUAUGUGGCAGGUUUUGUAGAAAAGUAGAGCAUUCCCUAGUUCUACAGAUAUAUCUUGACUUAAAGCUUUCGUGGCUGCAGGAAUUAAUAUUCUAUGGGUCUUUUCGUAAAGUCAGGUAGAUGGGUUAAAAGAAAAUAGCCAAAAACUACCACGUUUCGAUCGCAACACAGGUAGUCGCUUGUGUUGCGAUCGAAAUGUCGUUUUUAUUUUUUAUAUUUUUUUAACCUAUCUACGUGAUUUUACCGAAAGACCCAAAGAAUAUCUCAGAUUUUGUUCUGGAAUACUGCCUUCUGCGGGCCGCUCUCCGGUAGGUUGAUGCAAUGCUCAGCGAGUUCUAAAUGGAUUCUUUAUCUCGUGACACAACACAGAUCGCACAUUGGGACAAAUGCUUUUAAGAGGCUCGAGUGGUGAAUGAAAUGUUACGUCGGUUUUGUCACUUUGCUGAUUUGUUGUCUACACCUGCUUUUAGUCCUUGCGGUGGAGGAACUUGUUUACAUGCUUGUAUCAUCCAGUUGCAUUUCAAAUGUGCACUGGUUAAAAUACCUUCUGGAUAAUGGACAACAAUGCAAGGAGGCUGAGAAAAAUGCAUGUGAAUUAUGUUUGCCUGUUUUUCAUUGCUUUGAAACGUGUAAUAUUUUAAUUUAAAGUACUUUCCUUCGUAAGUUAAAUUAAACUUGAAUAUUUCUACUUAUUUUUUAUUAA